GGGGUCGACCCCGCCUGGAGCCCCCCCACCCCUCCGGUUGGCCCCUCCUUCCCUACCCCUGGAUCUGGAUGCCGCCCCCUCCCCUCUAGCCGGCUCUGACCACUAGCGAAGCCACCACCAGAGAGGCUGCUGACAACUCACACCCCCGCCCCCGCCCCUGCUGACGCCACAAAGCCCUGCGCCCCCCGCGGCCCCCUGCGCCCCCGUGGCCAUCGUUCCGAUGGUCGUCAGCACGCAAACGCAGGCUUUCCCGGGCGCUGUUUGCGCGCUUGGCUGCGGACGCCCUUCGAGGUGCGGCCCGCGGCCCCCUCCCCGAAACCUCCAGGAGGCGGCCACAGGCUCCAUCUGCCUCGACUACUUCACGGAUCCCGUGAUGACCACCUGUGGCCACAACUUCUGCCGCGAGUGCAUCCGGCUAACCUGGGAGAAGGCCAAAGGCAGGAAGGGGGGCAGGAAGUGGAGGGGCCCCUUCCCCUGCCCCGAGUGCCGCGAGCUGUCGCCCCAGAGGAACUUGCGGCCCAACCGCGGGCUGACCAAGGUGGCCGAGAUGGUGCGGCAGCACCCAGCCUUCCAGAGCCGGGACCUGUGCAGUGUGCACCAGGAGCUGCUCAGACUCUUCUGUGAGGAUGACCAGAGCCCCAUCUGUGUCGUCUGCAGCGAGUCCUGGGAGAACCGGCCCCAUAGGGUGGUCCCCGUCGAGGAGGCGGUGCAGGAGUACAAGUUGAAGUUGGAGGCGGACAUGGGGUACCUUCGGGAGGAGAUGAUGAAGUUGGGGAAGCUGCAGGCCAGGGAGAAACAGACCUUGGCCGAGUGGCAGGUGAAGGUGAAUGAGCACAGGCAGCGCAUCCUGCUGGAGUUUGAGAAGAUGGGCCUCCUCCUGCUCGAGAAGGAGCAGUGCCUCCUCCAGGCCCUGAAGCAGGAGGGCGAGGUAGUGGCCAGGCUGCGGGAGAGCGCAGCCACACUGGAGAAGCAGAGCCAUGCCCUGGAGAGGCUCCUGCUGACACUGGAAGACAGGGACGAGCACACACCCCUGCAGAUGCUGCAGGACACGAAGGAGCUCCUGAGCAGGAAGAACAGCCUGAGUGUUCAGUACCCGGAGGCCACCCCUACCGUGCUGAGGACGGUCUGCAGGGUCCCCAGGCAGAUAGAGGUGCUCAAGAGUUUUCAAGAGGAUGUGGUGCCCGACCCCGCCACCGCAUACCCCUACUUCCUCUUGUACGAGAGCCGCCAGAAGCGCUACCUGACUACUCCACUGGAGGGCGCGCCCCACGGCAAGGACAGAUUCCUGGCCUACCCCAGCGCGGUGGGCCGGGAGACCUUCUCCUCGGGAAGGCACUACUGGGAGGUGGGCAUGAACCUCACCGGUGACGCACUCUGGGCGCUGGGCGUGUGCAGGGACAACGUGAGCCGCAGGGACAGGGUCCCCAAGUCCCCUGAAAACGGGUUCUGGGUGGUGCAGCUGUGCAAGGAGAAGAAGUACCUGCCGGUCACAUCUGCCCCGACCCCUGUCACGCUGGCCGAGCCCCCCAGCCACAUAGGGGUCUUCCUGGACUUCAAGGCAGGGGACGUGUCCUUCUACAACCUGAAGGAUGGGUCCCACCUGCACACCUACACCCAGCCUGAACUCUCCGGCCCCCUGCAAACUUUCUUCUGCCUCGGGGCCCUCAAAUCAGGCCAGAUGGUCAUCUCUCCAGUGACCUUGUGGGUGAAGGGAUAGGGGUAGAGGCUGGGGCAGUGAGGGUGGCCCUGGUUUCACGGGAAGGUGAGGUGGCCCAGCUCAGCGCAGGCCACCUGCCAGGCUUACCUCUGGCGGUUUCACAAAGAUGAAAUAUAAUCCCGAUUAAGGCAGUUAAAUGUUAAGAGAGGAUAUUCACACGUGUUUCAUAAAGGAAACUCUGAAAAGCCGCUGAGUUUCCUAGUGGAUCGAUUCUGAGUAAGGACAUCCAGUACCAGGCGCGGUGUGGCGUGUUUGCCUUUAAAAGCUGUCCCUGGGAUACCCGCGCCCACCUAGGGAUGGAGCCCGCGCACUGGCUCUGCUGUCCUUCGGGUUAUUCUACGUAGAGCCGCGACUUCCAGGGUCCACCUGCUCUGUCUUCCAUACAUUCCAUGCUUGCACCUUGCGCGGGUGUGUGUGUGUGUGUGUGGGGGGGGUGAUGGGAAAAUGAAACUUUCCACACUGAUCCCUAUAAACCUCAAGGGAGUUUAAGCUGCACAAGCCGGGGCGCAAUUCAGAGUAGGGGUCACGGGUGGGAGAGACUCCUCUCCACCCGCCGUCCUCUGCAGUUUCAGGCGCACUCACAAGCCUGCGGCCGGCCGGGCACCCGAAUCCCCCCCCCCAGGGUAUGCCUUCCCUCCCCAACCAGCCCAGA